UUUUCGCCCUUAAACGCUCCUCUGUUUCCUGAUUUGUGGGGACUGAAGGGAAAAUGCCACAGAUCACAAUGUGUCUUUGUAGGAGAAGCGGGCAAGGCCUUCGUUUUUGUGUCUCCAUCUUCUUUAAGUCUUCACCUGAGGCUCCAAGCCCGCCCCCAUGGCAGGCAGGAAGGCAGGCAGGCAGGCACUGCCCUCAGCAAACUUUCCUCAGAGGGAAAGGAGGAGGAGGAGGAGGGAACUCCCAUGGCUGCCUGAGGCCCCUUGAAAGAGGGCAGUGAGGGCGAAACUGCAAUCUCCUUCAGCUUCUGAGGGGGGAAGGCCUUCUUCCCUGUGCCUCCCUCGCCUUCGCCAUGGCCCUGCCCGACCUCUACACUCAGUAUAAUAGAGUCUGGAUCCCUGAUAAUGAUGAAGUUUGGCAGUCGGCUGAAAUCACAGCAGAUUAUAAGACUGGAGACAACGUACUUCAUCUAGUGCUUGAAGAUGGAACGGAAUUGGAUUUUCCAGUGGAUCCCAAGGCGUUGCCUCCUUUGCGAAACCCUGACAUACUUGUUGGUGAAAAUGAUCUCACGGCGCUUAGUUAUCUCCAUGAGCCUGCUGUCCUACACAAUCUCAAAGUUCGCUUUGUGGAAUCCAGGCUGAUCUAUACCUACAGUGGAAUAAUUUUAGUUGCAAUGAAUCCCUACAAACAGCUGCCUAUAUAUGGAGAUGCCAUUAUUCAUGCAUAUAGUGGACAGAAUAUGGGAGAUAUGGAUCCGCAUAUAUUUGCUGUUGCAGAAGAAGCUUACAAGCAGAUGGCAAGGAACAACAAGAAUCAGUCUAUUAUAGUCAGUGGAGAAUCAGGAGCUGGGAAGACAGUUUCGGCUCGAUAUGCAAUGAGAUACUUUGCAACCGUCAGUAGGUCUACUAGCAAUGCGCAAGUGGAGGAUAAAGUGCUGGCAUCCAAUCCAAUAACAGAGGCUGUUGGUAAUGCCAAAACCACACGUAACGACAACAGCAGUCGCUUUGGAAAAUACAUGGAAAUUAGUUUUGAUAAGCGGUAUCAGAUCAUUGGCGCCAAUAUGAGAACUUACUUACUUGAGAAAUCCAGAGUUGUGUCUCAGUCAGAGAACGAAAGAAAUUACCACAUAUUUUAUCAGUUGUGCUCCUCCGCUCGGAGACCAGAAUUUAAACAUCUUAAACUGGCAAGUGCUGAAGAAUUUAAUUAUACAAAUAUGGGUGGAAACUCUGUGAUUGAAGGAGUGGAUGACAGAGCAAAUAUGAUAGAAACUCAGAGGACGUUCUGCCUUCUUGGUCUUAAGGAGGAUUUCCAGAUGGAUGUUUUCAAAAUACUGGCAGCUAUUCUUCAUUUAGGCAAUGUGGAAAUAAUUGCUGUUGGUGAUGAAAGAUCUUCUGUUAGCCAGGAUGAUAAACAUCUCAAAAUAUUUUGUGAGUUACUAGACUUAGAAAGUAACGAAAUGGCAAGGUGGUUGUGCCACAGAAAAAUCAUCACUUCCUCCGAGACCGUAGUAAAGCCAAUGACGAAACCCCAAGCUCUUAAUGCCCGCGAUGCUCUGGCUAAAAAGAUCUACUCCCACCUUUUUUCUUUCAUCGUGGGACGAAUUAACAAGGCCUUACAGUUCAGUGGCAAACAGCACACGUUUAUUGGGGUGCUGGAUAUCUAUGGAUUUGAAACUUUUGAUAUGAACAGCUUUGAACAGUUUUGCAUCAAUUAUGCAAAUGAGAAGCUGCAGCAGCAAUUUAACCUGCAUGUCUUUAAACUUGAACAAGAAGAAUACAUGAAGGAAAACAUCCCCUGGACUCUGAUUGACUUUUAUGACAACCAGCCUGUCAUUGAUCUCAUUGAAGCUAAAAUGGGCAUUUUAGAUCUAUUGGAUGAAGAGUGCCUGUUACCCCAAGGAACAGAUGAAAAUUGGCUCCAGAAAUUAUACAACAAUUUUAUAAACAAGAACCCUCUCUUUGAGAAACCAAGAAUGUCAAAUUCUUCUUUUAUAAUCCAACACUUUGCUGAUAAGGUAGAGUACAAAAGUGAAGGGUUUUUGGAAAAAAACAGAGACACGGUAUAUGAAGACUUGAUUGAAAUCUUGAAAAACAGCAAGUUUCAACUGUGUGCAAACUUUUUUCAAGACAAUCCCAUUCCUAUUUCACCAUUCAGCUCAUCCAUCCAAGUUAAAUCUGCAAAAAUAGUCAUCAAAUCACCAAAUAAACAGUUCCGUACCACAGUUGGCAAUAAGUUCCGCAGUUCCUUAUAUUUGUUAAUGGAGACACUCAACGCAACGACACCUCACUAUGUACGCUGCAUAAAGCCAAAUGAUCAGAAGUUAGCAUUUGAGUUUGAUGCCAAAAGAGUGGUCCAGCAGCUGCGAGCAUGUGGUGUUUUAGAAACAAUUCGGAUUAGUUCUCAAAGUUAUCCAUCCAGAUGGACUUACAUUGAGUUCUACAGCCGCUACAGCAUUCUCAUGUUUCAACACGAACUCUCUCUAACAGAUAAGAAACAGAUUUGCAAGAUUGUUUUACAGCGGUUGAUCCAGGAUCCAAGCCAGUAUCAGUUUGGCAGAACAAAAAUCUUCUUCAGAGCAGGGCAGGUUGCGUAUUUGGAAAAAUUACGGUCAGAUAAACUGAGGCAAGCGUGUAUCAUGAUCCAAAAGAACAUGCGAGGCUGGCUUCAGAGGAAAAAAUUCCUCCGUAUCCGACAAGCAGCGAUUACGAUACAGCAGUACAUCCGAGGGCAACGUACGGUGAGGCAAGCCAUAACUGCCGCUGCCUUGAAAGAAACCUGGGCAGCCAUUGUUAUCCAGAAACACUGCCGGGGAUAUUUAGUGCGCAGACUUUGCCAGCUCAUUCGUGUGGCUGCUUUGACCAUUCAAGCUUUCACCCGAGGAUUUCUGGCAAGGAAGAAAUACAGAAAGAUGGUGGAAGAACAGAAGGCAUUAGUCUUGCAAAAGUAUGCUCGAGCUUGGCUUGCGAGGCGCAGGUUCCAGAACAUCCGCCGUUUUGUGUUGAACAUUCAGCUUUCGUACCGAGUACAACGCUUGCAGAAAAAACUGGAAGACCAGAACAGGGAGAACAAUGCUCUCUUGGAAAGGUUGACUACUCUUGCUUCAAAUCACUCCAAUGAUGUGGAAACUAUUCAGAAGCUUCAGCUGGAUCUCGAAAAAUUAGCAACACAAAAGAAAACCUCUGAAGAAAAAGAGAAGACGCACAAGGAUGAAUAUGAACAGAGAGUUUCGAAACUUGAAAAUCACAACUUGGAGCUACAGCAACAGAAAAGACAUCUAGAAAAAGAGCUGCAAGAGAAAACUGAGGAAAUGAAAGAGAAAAUGGAUCACCUAACAAAACAACUUUUUGCUGAUGUUCAGAAAGAAGAAAGACAACGAAUAGUGCUAGAGAACAAUUUCCACAACCAGAAGCAAGACUAUGAAAGAAAGAUUGAGUUACUCAUGGAAGAAGUAAAAUCUCUCAAAAGUGAAAAUGAGCAGCUUCAGAAUCAAAUCCGGGAAGAACAACAAAUUCAGGGCAGCUUAAAAAUGGAGGUUGAAGCACUUGCACACCAAGCAAAGACAAUUCCUGAACUACAAAAAGAAAUUGAACUCAUUCAAAUGCAAAAAAUGGACGUGGAGAAGCAGCUGCAGUACCAGAAGCGUGAAAUGAGAGACAAAAUGUCAGAGAUUACAAUGCAACUUCAUGAGAGCUAUGACUUUGCAGAUGCAAGGAGCAGAUUGUCUACUGAAGAUUUGGGACAUUUAAAUGAAGACGGGGAACUCUGGUUUGCUUACGAAGGCUUGAAAAAGGCCACAAGAGUGUUAGAAAGCCAUUUCCAGUCUCAGAGAGAGAACUAUGAAAGAGAGAUAGAAGGCCUGAAUUCUAAAGUAGAGCAUCAUAGUCAAGAAAUAACCCACUUACAGAAGCUGUUCAGAGAAGAAAAUGACAUAAAUGACAGCAUCCGACUCCAAGUUGCAAGGCUAACCUCAGAAAACAUGAUGAUUCCCGAUCUUAAGCAGCAGAUUUCCGAGCUUCAGAAGCAGAAAAUGAACCUUGAAAACCAUCUUCAAGAAGAAACUGUAAGGAAUAAAGAGAAAAUAGAAGACAUGGAAAAUCUGUUGCGUCAAAACACCGAAAAGGAUGGAACACAAAGAAGAGUACAACAAGUCCAAAAUGAAAUGUACACUAAGGAAAAAGUGAAGCUGAGAGCCACUUUUCAGGAGACAAACAAUUACAUAGAUAACCAACUGGAAGGAGACAAUGAAACCAAGAGCAAAAUAUGGCAAGAUGUAGCCUAUCUCACCAUGGAAAAUACGGAUCUAGAGGAAGAGCUUGACAAGAAGGACAGAUUGAUAAAAAAGCUUCAGGAUCAGAUCAAGACACUCAGAAAGUCAAUGGAAAUAGCUAACGAAGCACCCAUGCCAUCCACGUCGAAAGAAUACAUUGGAAUGUUACAGUACAGGAGUGAAGAUGAAGCGAAAAUCAUUCAGAAUCUAAUUCUUGAACUGAAGCCCCGUGGAGUUGUGGUCAAUAUGAUCCCAGGCCUCCCGGCGCACAUCCUUUUCAUGUGCGUAAGAUACGCAGAUUACCUGAACGAUGAUGGCAUGCUGAAAUCUUUCAUGAACAUGACAGUCAAUGGCAUCAAGCAAGUAAUUAAGGAACAUGUUGAAGACUUUGAGAUGUUAUCAUUCUGGCUUUCAAAUACAUGCCACUUUCUCAACUGCCUCAAACAGUACAGCGGCGAAGAGGAAUUCAUGAAGCAUAACACUCCGGAACAAAACAAGAACAUUCUGAAGCACUUUGAUCUGUCAGAAUACAGGCAGGUUCUUAGUGACCUGGCCAUUAGGAUUUAUCAUCAAUUUAUUAUUGUUAUGGAGAACAACAUUCAGCAGAUGAUAGUGCCGGGAAUGCUGGAGUACGAAAGCCUCCAGGGGAUUUCAGGCUUAAAACCGACCGGAUUCCGCAAGCGCUCUUCUAGCAUCGACGACACGGAUGCUUACACCAUGACCUCCAUCCUGCAACAGCUCAGCUAUUUUUAUACCACCAUGUGCCAGAAUGGCUUGGACUCAGAGCUUCUAAAGCAGGCCGUGAAGCAGCUUUUCUAUCUGAUUGGCUCAGUCACCCUUAAUAGCCUCUUCCUACGCAAGGACAUGUGCUCUUGUCGAAAAGGGAUGCAGAUCAGGUGCAACAUCAGCUACCUGGAGGAAUGGCUGAAGGACAAGAACCUCCAGAGCAGCUCUGCCAAGGAGACCCUGGAGCCUCUUUCUCAAGCUGCUUGGCUCCUUCAAGUCAAAAAGACCACAGAUGACGAUGCCAGGGAGAUCUAUGAACGUUGUACAUCGCUUUCUGCUGUGCAGAUAGUGAAAAUUCUCAACUCCUACACUCCCAUUGAUGACUUUGAGAAAAGAGUCGCUCCAUCCUUUGUUCGCAAGGUGCAGGCCAUGCUGAGCAACAGAGAGAAUUCGGCACAAUUGAUGCUCGAUACGAAAUACCUCUUUCAAGUGACGUUUCCUUUCACCCUUUCGCCACAUGCUCUGGAAGCCAUACAGAUCCCCAGCAGUUUCAAACUUGGCUUUCUCACUAGAAUAUAGCAGGAAAGAAGGAAAUCGGUGCUUGGAGAGUAAAGGAGUAUCACACAACCAUGUCACUGUGUAGUAACAUUUGGUAGCAUAAGAACUAAUGCUGCAAAAACAUUUGGAGAUCAGGUUGUUGGAUGUAAAGAACUGCACAUUCUUUUUUUUCUUUUUUCUUUUUUUUGCAUCCAAAACUAAUAAAUCGUCACCUUCAUUUAAAAAAUGGGUCUCACUGGUGUUUCAUGUCCAGCAUUUAUUUUUAAAGUUUUAACUAUUACAUUUGACCCAGCCAUAGGUUUUUAAAUUCUUGUGUUUAUUGUCUACUUGUGAGUUAUAUUAAUUGUAUUGUUUAUUUUGUUUAUUGCUUGUUAUUUUAUUACUGCUUGUUGUUUUUGAUGUGUUGUUGGGCUUGGCCUCAUGUAAACCGCUCCGAGUCCCUUGGGGAGAUGGUGGCGGGGUAUAAAUAAAGUUUUAUGAUGAUGAUGAUGAUGAUGAUGAGUCCUCAGUGUUGAAACUAUGGCACUGGGCCUUUGGUGAUUCUCACGCUUUCAGUAAUGAAAGAUGAAUGCCUUCCUUCUUUGUAAUAUUUGUUAUCACUCUUUUGUACAUCUGCAUCACUGUGUAUAUAUAUAUAUUUAAAAGUAAGUCGUAUGAUAUAUUUAAUAAAUGGUCCAUGAAAAAACAAAUGGCUAUUAAACUGUGCCACAAUAUAUAUGUCAUGUAAUGUCAUGUCAAAUUAUCGUCACAUAGGUAACAAUAAUUAAGAUCUUCCCAAGAGGCCCUGCUCUCGGUCCCUCCACCUUCGCAGUCACGUCUGGUGGGAACGAGAGACAGGGCCUUCUCUGUGGUGGCCCCCCAGCUAUGGAACUCUUCCCGAAUGAAGUUAGGUCUGCCUCCUCCCUCCUGUCCUUCAGGAAGCAAUUGAAAUCCUGGCUUUGGAAUCAGGAAUGUACAAAGUGACGACGG